AUGAAACAUCAUGAAAAUAAAAAUAAUAUAGCAAUUAUAGAUGCAGAUUACUACGUUAUAAAUUACAAAAGUACUAUAACCACAUAUAUACAAAAUGUAUGCAACAAUAUACUUAGAAGUAAAAGGGAAAAUAUAAAUGAUCAAAAUGCUGAUAAAAGAAAAAUAAUUAUUUGCAUAUUUAUGUUAAAAAUAUUUUUAAUAAAUAUCGAAAAUAAUUUAAAUUUAUUCGAUUUUUUAUAUGAUGUUAUUAACAAAUAUCAUUAUUUAAUUAAUAAUGAAAAGGCACAAUCCUCUUCAUGUAAGGAAAAAGUGGAAAAUAACAAAAUCAAUAGUAACAAUUUCAGUGAUAAUAAAUUUGAGCAAGCCAAUAUAGGAAUAGUUAGCAAAACAAAUCAAGUAGAAUCACCGAGUGCAAUAAAUAAAAAUGUGCAAAAAAAAAAUUCCCUCUUGGAAAAUAUAUCCAACUUAAACUCAAAAUUAGAUAACGACACAGAAAAGGUUACCAAAGCACCCGAAAAUGAAAAUUCAAGUCAAAAUACUUUAAGCAUAGAAAGCAAUAACAACAGUAAUCCCCAUAUAACAAGUAGUUUAAUGCAUAAUUUAAUUAUAGAUAAAUACUAUGAUAAUAUUGACAAUGUUUUGGUUUCAAAAAUAGGGUUGCUAAAAAUUAAAAAUUAUUGCCAUAUAAAUAAUAAUAAUUCUUCAUCAGAAAACAUGGAAACAAAUAAUUACAAUGCAGACAAAAAUGGGGAUAUAUCUGCAUCAACUAAUAAUAAGUUAAAAUGGAAAAAUAUGCAUAAAAAAGGAGACACAUAUAUCGGUACUGACUCUAUAAGUUUUACACACAAUGAUAAUGUGGGUAUUUCAAAUCCAGACGAUGAAUAUAUACCAGAUAUUUAUUCGGAUGAAUUUGAUGAUAUAAAUUCUGAUAAUUCACAAUCAAAUGAAUCAUGCUUAAAAAAUACAAAAUCGGGGAUUGUCUGUGAUUCAGAAAAUUAUAAUAAAUUUUUAAUAAAUUAUAACAAAAUAAAGUUCGAUUUAAAACAUUUUAGUGAAUUUUUUAACUUAAAGUAUAUUACAAAUGAGAUAAGUAAAAAAAAAAAGAAUUACGAAGAAAAAACCAUUAAAUAUAUAGAAAAAUUGUAUAGAAUAAUAAUAUUGUCAAAAUUACACAUAGGUGCUUAUAAUUUUUUGAAAAUUUUAAAAAAAAAAAAAUUUUAUUUUAUAUUUUAUAGUUCAAAUAAAAAUUUAACAAAUUUUUUAUUUAAAUAUUUUAAAAUUUCAAAACUUUUAAAAGGUAACUAUACAAUAAUAGAUUCAUUUGAUGAACUUAAAAAAUAUGAAGCUUGUAAAUUUUUUUUAGUAUUUAGUAAUAGAUCAUGUUUUAUAACACACAUGAAAAGGGGUGGAUAUUUUAAAAUAGUAUCAGGAAAUAAAAAUAAAAAUUCUAUAUCAACUAAUUGUGAUGAUAUUGAUUAUGAAGAUAUAAAAAUAUAUAACUAUGAUAAUCAAAUUGAAAAUAAAGAUAGCGAUUGUAAUGAUAAUAAGCUACAUGAACAUUCCUCUACGAACAUCCCAAAUGAAUCUCCCAAUAAAUCGAAUGAUGUUGUCUAUCCAUUGUCACGAAAUUGUAAUUUAACAGAAGAUAUAUAUUCAUGGAGAAUAUUAUAUAUAUUUAAUAAAUACAUAUAUAUAUAUGGAAAAGUUGUAAAAGGUUUUGGAAGAGGUAGCAAAUAUUUAAAUAUUCCCACAGCAAAUAUUUUUAAUGCGAAUUUAACAGAAGCUGAUAUAAUGCCUGGAAUUUAUUUUGGUAUAUCAAAACUAAAACAUAAAAUAUAUAAAACUGUUGUAUCUAUAGGAUAUAAUCCUUAUUUUCAAAACAAGCAUAUAACUAUAGAAGCUUUUUUAUAUUAUAAAACAAAUAAUUUAUUUUACGAUGAAAAUAUAGAGUUAAUAAUCGUUGGAAUACUUAGGAGUGAAAGUAAUUUCUAUGAAUUAUCACAUCUGAUACAUGCAAUACAAUUUGACUGUGAAUUAGCUAGAAUUGCUCUAAAUCAAAUUAGUCAUGAUCAGUAUUUUAAAAAAUGUAAAAAUUAUCUUAGUUCUUGUAAACACAUAUAA